GGGAAUGUUUGUUCCGGGGGGGAGAAUACUCCCAAACCCCACCAAACACAGGAUAACCCCGGAGAGGAGCUGGCAGCGUAAAGGAUCCCCGCGGAGUGGGGCCCGCUGCUGGUGCCCGGGAGUGACAGCAACUGCUCCUAUGGCGCUGAGAAAGUACAAGGUGCCCAGGGUUGGUGGGGAUCGAGCACAGAGGGCUAUCUGCCUGUUACAUAGAGCAUCUGAGUACAGAUAACAACCAGCAAUACUGUGCGUGAUGAUUCCAGUGACAGAACUACGAUAUUUCGCUGACACCCAGCCUGCCUACCGCAUCUUGAAGCCAUGGUGGGACGUGUUUACGGACUACAUCUCCAUUGUAAUGCUUAUGAUAGCAGUGUUUGGUGGCACACUGCAAGUCACACAAGACAAAAUGAUUUGUUUACCCUGCAAGUGGGUUAUGAACAAUACAUGUGUUGAACCUGUUCAGCCACUGUCCAAAGAGCCACCAACCACUGAAUACCCAAAUGCAUCCCUCCCCCCAUAUUCAGUCUUUCACCCGUUUUCCAGUGAACCCACAGGUAUCCAGUAUGACUUGGACCGGCACCAGUACAACUAUGUAGAUGCAGUAUGCUAUGAGAAUAAACUUCACUGGUUUGCAAAAUACUUUCCAUACCUUGUACUUCUGCACACACUGGUGUUCUUGGUUUGUAGCAAUUUCUGGUUCAAAUAUCCUCGGACCAGCUCAAAGCUGGAACACUUUGUAUCCAUCCUUCUGAAAUGUUUUGACUCGCCAUGGACAACACGGGCACUAUCUGAAACCGUGGUGGAGGAAAGUGACCCAAAGCAAUCAUUUGUUAAAAUGAAUGGCUCAAUGGUAAAGAAAUCCUCCUCAGUGAGUGAGGAUGUGGAGGCCAGCGUACCCAUGCUGCAAAGAACAAAAUCUCGCAUCGAGCAGGGAAUAGUUGAUCGCUCGGAAACAGGUGUAUUGGAUAAGAAGGAGGGAGAGCAAGCUAAAGCCCUGUUUGAAAAAGUAAAAAAAUUCCGUACUCAUGUAGAGGAAGGAGAUAUAGUUUACCAACUCUACAUGAGACAGACUAUUAUUAAAGUAAUCAAAUUUGCUCUUAUUAUUAGCUAUUCACUUUAUUAUGUUGAUGAUAUAAAAUUUGAUGUGUCCUGUAUAGUGGACAUUCAGAACCUCACAGGGUACCGUGUGUAUCAGUGUGCUCAUCCAUUAGCUACACUGUUCAAGAUCCUUGCAUCCUUUUAUAUUAGUUUAGUGAUUGUCUAUGGACUCAUUUGCAUGUACACACUCUGGUGGAUGCUACGCCUUUCUUUGAAAAAGUAUUCAUUCGAGUCCAUUCGAGAGGAGAGCAGCUACAGCGACAUUCCUGAUGUCAAGAAUGAUUUUGCUUUCAUGUUGCAUCUGAUUGAUCAGUAUGAUCCGUUGUACUCAAAACGUUUUGCUGUCUUCCUGUCCGAGGUUAGUGAGAACAAAUUACGACAGCUCAAUCUGAAUAAUGAAUGGACCCUAGAGAAACUCCGGCAGAGGAUCAUGAAGAACUCUCAGGACAAAUUGGAACUUCACCUUUUCAUGCUGAGUGGAAUCCCAGACACCAUCUUUGACCUGACUGAGCUAGAAGUUCUCAAACUGGAGAUGAUCUUGGAUGUCACCAUUCCUCCAAUCAUUGCCCAACUUACUAACCUCAAAGAACUCUGGUUGUACCACACACCAGCAAAGAUUGAGGCACCAGCUCUUGCCUUCUUACGAGAGCACCUGAAGUCACUACAUAUCAAGUUUACAGACAUCAAAGAGAUCCCUCUAUGGAUCUAUAGCCUGAAGAACCUUGAGGAACUUCACCUAACUGGGAACCUGAGUGCUGAGAACAAUCGCUACAUCGUGAUUGAUGGAUUGCGGGAACUCAAAUGUCUCAAAGUUUUGAGGUUAAAGAGCAACCUAACAAAGUUGCCACAGGUUGUCACAGAUGUUGGAGUCCAUCUGCAGAAAUUGUCGAUCAACAAUGAGGGCACCAAGCUUAUGGUCCUCAAUAGCCUAAAGAAGAUGGUUAAUUUAACAGAAUUGGAGUUGAUCCGUUGUGAUCUAGAACGAAUCCCACACUCCAUCUUCAGUCUUCAUAACUUGCAGGAGAUUGAUCUCAAAGACAACAAUUUGAAGACAAUUGAGGAAAUUAUCAGCUUCCAGCACUUACGGCGCCUUGUCUGCCUUAAGCUGUGGUAUAACCACAUUGCCUAUAUCCCCAUUCAGAUUGGCACUUUGACCAACAUGGAAAGGCUGUACCUGAACCGGAAUAAAAUUGAAAAGAUUCCCGCUCAGCUCUUCUAUUGCCGCAAGUUGCGGUACUUAGAUUUGAGUCACAACAACCUAACCUCCAUACCGCAGGACAUUGGAUUCCUUCAGAAUCUGCAGUAUUUCGCUGUCACGGCAAACAGAAUUGAAACCCUACCACCUGAACUCUUCCAGUGCCGUAAGCUCCGGACUCUAAACCUAGGCAAUAACUGCCUGCUAUCACUGCCAUCGCGGGUUGGUGAGCUGAUGAGUUUAACACAGCUGGAGCUUCGUGGAAACAGACUAGAGUGUCUCCCUGUGGAGCUGGGGGAAUGCCGGCUACUGAAACGAAGUGGCCUCGUGGUAGAGGAUGAUCUCUUCAAUACACUCCCAUCUGAGGUCAAGGAGCAACUGUGGCGAGCAGACAAGGAACAAGCCUGAAUUUUAUUUACAUUGUAAGGGAAAAAAUUCUAUCUUGCCAAGUUUCCAGCAGAUUUUGAAAGCCUGCUGUACUGGAAUGAUUGAGCAGAUCUCCUGUCCUGUUGUUUAUAUAAUGGAAAUGUGUCUAGUUUUCUGUUCCUGGAACUGGUGCUCUCCAAGCGGAACAGAGCGAUAGACAGAAUGGAAUGCCUGCCAGUAACUAAAAGAAUCACUUAAAGAGUUUAAAUAUCUUAACACAAUUAGUAUUUCUGCUUUAAUGAAUCACAAAAAAGCUAAUAUGUUCAUAGCCAUGACAUGUCAACAGACUGAUAUUGCCAAUGCCUUGUUAUUUAUUAAUUAAGCUGGUACUGUAUUAGGGACCGGUACUGUAUCUGCCCCAAACAGGCAAUACAACCUUUGCAUGAAACAACCGGUGAUAUUUUAGAGAGAAAAAAUAAUCCCUUUUUGAUCAUCUUAGGCCAAAAAAUGUUAGUUACUCAUCAAGCUGAUCUUAUUUUAUUUAGCAUGAUGAUUAAACUGAACUCAGAUUUGACGUCCUUUCCAUCAUUCCCUUCCAAAUAGAGCAAGACACGACACAAUACUCAGUUUUGUUGGCAAAACAGUUGAAGAGAGGAUGCGGAAUUUCCAUGGCGGCCUGUCUUUGUUGAUGUAGGCACUAUUCUGAAAGGAGCGAGUAUUGAGUUUUGAGGAUUGUUUGGAGAGAUUUCUUUUUUUAUGAAGCUGUUAAAAAACUAAAGGAUAGUGUUUUAUUAAAAGUUCAAUUUAAUUAAGUUGUUUGGGGCACUUCCUUCAUUUUAAAAAAAAAAGUUGUAAGGAAAGAAAAUCUAUUUUCCAUGACAUAUGUAACUGUUCUUCAAAAGUACUUUGAAUUACAAUACUGAAGAUAAAGUAUACACAUUAGAAAUGUUCCUCUACUGAUACUUGAGGGAAGAGGCAAAUCAGUUUCUAACUUUUACUGUAACUCAACAGUCAUUUAACUUAGUGGGUCGAUGCAGCAUGUGGCACAGGUUCAGUACCUGGUUUGUGAGUUAUCUGAUCUCAGCAGCCUAGGUAAGGGAGGUGAAAAAUCAGCAUGUUUGAGGGUGGGAGUAGGGAGCAGAAGGAGUUGAAGGGGAGCUGAGGGUUCCUGCUCCUGUUUACUGUCCAGUGACCCCUGCUAGAAAUGCAUCUGUGUGAACCACGGUUAAGGAUGGAAGUGGGCUUUGUUGGGAUGCCUCUGUUGUCAUACAGCCUGUCAUGAUUAUCUAGGUUCACAAAGGAAGAAUGGGUAGGAGAGAUGAUAUCCAGAACAUUGUACCCUAGCACUUGGUGGGUGGAAAAUAAAAUGGAAAAAUUCACUUAAUGAUUAAUUUAAAAAUAUUUUUCUGUAUAAAAUAUUCCCCUCACCCAUAGUGUACUGUACCUUUUAGGUUCAGUACAGGGUUAACCUUUGUAACAGUACUAUUUGUGAACCUGCAUGCUGCAGUGUGGCUGUUUGCUUGUGACAAUUGCCCAUGCUAUUUAAUUUUUCUGGUUUCUUAACAGUUCCACUAUUUAAUCCCAGGCUCAAGUUAUGUUUUCUCUUCUUUGUUACUGCUCUUCCAAACCAGCUUGUGCUUUUUUAAGUGUCCUGGUCUUGCUGCCAUAUUUUUGUUUAGAUCAGACCACUGAUUCUACCAGUGCUUUGUAGGUUUUCCUGCUCUGUAUCUGUAACCUGUCAUCCUUGGUCCUCUCCACACUCUGCCCUCAUCCUACCUGAAAUGGAGAAAGGAAAUGACAUAAAGAAUAAAUUGGCAAUAUGAAAAAGAUCAACAAAAGAUGAAAAUUAGCGUGAAAAGAGGGCAGAAGAAGCACUGAGAAGUAAGGAGGGGCAUCAAAGGCACAUGGGAAGAAAAUAAUCAAUUUUAUUCAGUAAUUUCACAACAGGCCCUCCUGUGUUUGAGAGAAAGAUAGCAGUUUGGGAGGGACCCAUGGAAGCCUCCAUUAAAUGCUGAUUAGCCAUUUGUACUUCUCCAAUAUUUUCUGUUUCUAUUGUAAGCAUUCACACAUUUUUCUUCUUUUCAAUUCAUUUUGAUUAUGUCAGUACUAUGCUGGCUGGUACAUUGAUAAUACAUGAAAUUUGAAGUGUAUGUGUAUCAUAACUUAGAGGAGAAAUGGCAUUUGGAGAGAUGGGUGGCCUUGGGUUAGUAGGCCUGUCACCUAUGGUAGGUAGGUUCAAAUUCAACCCAGACUGAUGGGACCAAAGGGUCUUCUGUCUGCUAGCUCUUUGGACAAUCUCUAGUGGACAUGGACCGACUGCAGAAAAUUAUGAUUAGUUGGCAAUGUCACACAGAUAGGCAUGGGUUGGGAAAAAAAUGCCACACUGUUGAAGUUGUGGUGUUCCACCAAGGCUGGGGCAGAGUAGAGGGAGCUUUACAGUGUAUCAAGUUGUACCUGACCUGUGAGAGCUUGAUACUGACACUAACAUCUGCCAACCAGGGGAAAGAAAAGGGUAUUCUUCAAGGUAAUUGUUGCCUCUGUUCUAAUGUUUUCUUAAGAAAAUGUAUGUGCUAUGCUUCUAUUUUUGUUAAUGCUCAAAUUACUGGAAAAUGUUGCAAUGAUCUCCAUUUUACUCACUUAAGAAUGAAAUAACUACUGCAGUGUGCUUUUAAUGGGACUGGCUUGCUUUGUACCUAAGUUGGAUGCUAUAUAUGAUUUCAUUAUUUUUCAAUUGUCAUUGAUGCUAAGACUUCAGUUCUGUCUCCUCAGGGGUGAAUAAGCCUCAAACUAGUAGCAACACUUUUCUCAGGUUUGUUAUUUUGAUCGUUUGGCUUAUUAAACGUGUAAGUGACUGUAAUUGUGUUGAUUUGCUUACACAUUUGUUCAAAGCAGCAGAAAGUAUUAUCUAAUGCUGUGAAACAGGCUUUAUUCACAGUUUCUAUGUUGAAACCCUACUUUGUUUUAUUUCUUUUCAAAUGUAACUAGAAAUGUUGUUAAUUUCAUGUCUUAAUAGCCCUAUUUUAAAGCUGCAGUGUUUUUCAAUAGUCAGCAUCUCAGUUGGGAUGUCGUGAGAUAUCUCAAUAAUAAGCCCAUCAAUUUUGAAUUUACCUCGUGUCAGUAUGGUAAAAUCUGGCAUUUUUACCUACAGAAGUUGAAUUGCAAGGAAUAAAUUGCAAGAUUAUUCAUAUUCUGCAGUAUUGUAAUUAUUUUGUUUCAGUUAGAUCAUGAUUUUGCUUUGGAAACAAAAUUAUUGGUUACAUGCAUGUGCUUCAAUAUUGGCUUUCCUUCAUCUACCUUUCUGUUUGCCUUUUCUUUCUUUCUCUGUCUCACAUGACAAGAUACUUACAUUUCUGAAAUGGCAAUCUGAUUUCCCAUCAUGAUUGGGUGCCUAAAGUUGUUCAGCAUUCAGAAACCACAAUCACCUCUGCUGUUGAAAUAAACCAAAUGAGUAUUAUACAGCUAUACAGGGACAAAAAAAAAAUCUUAUUGUGAAAUUCCUCCAAAUACAAGCAUUUGACACAAAAACAAGCAGCCAGUGACCUUCAUAUGCAGAGUCUCAUUAAAAACAAGAUGAUCAGUAAAAGGGUAUUACAUUAAAACCAAAAUGACUUUGUAACAUUUUUGGCUCCCAGAUCAAAAUCUUAAGAAAUUGUGUGUUGAAUUUAUACUUUUUGAAAUAAAUGAGUGGGUCUUCUGUGUGUUCAUAAAUUUAACAAGAAGAAUAAUUAAUUGAAAAAUGAAUUUGUGUCCCUCACCCACUCUUGUUACAAAUAAAUUUGUGUUGGUCAUCUGUCCAUCACCAUUCAAAGAAUGGCUAAGCAUUAAUAAUGUACAAAAUAUGCAAUUUCAGAGUAGAUAUAAAUAUUACAAAUGUGUAUUAUAAACAAUUAUGUAAAUCUAAGUGUAAAUUAUAUUAUUGUAUAAAAUUACACAAGUCAUCAGAUGUAAAUGUGAAUUUUGCUGUAAUCUUAUUUUCCCUGUAGUAUAUGUAAACUCACCAUUUACCUUAGUGAUAUAUUUUACUGCUCUGACUUUUAAAGUCUUACUUUCUGAUGUUAUUGCUUGUCUGCACAUAUACUCACUUAUUAGGUGAAGUGAUUAAGUUGACUCCCCUGCUCCUCCCUCACCUCCUGACUUUGCAACCAAAAAUAUUUGGGAAAAAUAAAUCAUCAGCCUAUCAGUUAACUGUAGGUCAAGAUUUUAGACACAUUGGUCAAGUUUGCAGAGAAUUUACUCCAAAAAGAAAGAGCUUGCAUUUAUAUAGUGCCUUACUAUCUCCUUAAGAUGACUGAUAAAGCUUUAUAACUACUGGAAUUAAAGUGAGGCAAACACAGAAGCCAAUUUGUGAACAAGCAAGGAUAUACAAACAGUAAAUAAAUGAAUGUCCAGACAAUAAGUGGAAGUUUCAACUUCAUGGUAGAGGAACUGGUCCGAGUCUAUUGGUUGUCCAUUAUAUACUCCGUUUUAUGUUUCCUUUAAUUGACUUUAUAUAAUUACAGGUAUAUAAAAUUAAAUAUAAAUCAUUAGAUGUAAAUGUAAUUUUCGCUGAAAUCUUUCUUUAAUCACAUGAUUCUCCCUCUAGUAUAUGUAAAUUCUCCAUUUACCUCAGCUUUUGAUGCAUAUUAUUGCAUACUGUCACUGCUGUAUCUUAGGCAUUAUUUUCUGGGAGGGAGAGAUGUUGGCCAAAUGAAGGAGAACUCCCUAUAUUUGCGUAGUGCCAUAAGAUCUUUUUGUCAACCUGAACAUCUUCUCCUAGAAUGUGUCCAUCAUGGGACUUAAUUCCACAAUCUCUGACUCAGAUGCCAGAGUGUUACUAAAUGAGCCAGUGUGUUACUUUUUCUCUUUACUGGUGAUUUUUUUUGCUAAAGACAAAAAGCUUUCCACAUAAGAUACACACCUCGCCCAGUCUCUUACCUGGCAGUCUGUGCUGUAAUGGAACCAACUGUUGGUGGCAAGAUCAUUUCAGUGAUCAGUCAACUGAUUGGCAGAUAAUUUUGGUUGACCACAGGAUUGAGUCAGGACCUGAAAGAUUGUGGGGCUAGUUUAGAUGUAGGGACUGCUUACUGCACAGUCUUUAAACUUGGGAUGAAUGAGCAAAUUAGGGGGAAAUAACUUUUUACAAUGGGAAAGAGUGUGAAAAAUAUUUUUUUAAACUUAAAAACAAAGUGUCAUUCUAUAUUACUAGCCAAAUAGACAAAUAGUGCUUCAAUACAAUAUAACUGACAUAUAGAGCUACUUUUUAUAAUAUGUUCCUAAUCUUGUUAUGAUUUUGUUGAGGCUGAAAUGCUCAAUUCAUGUAAAAGGUACCUGGAUCUGCACCUGAAGUGCUGUAACCUGCGAGGCUAUGGACCAGGACCAAGUAAUGGAAAGUGAGAUUAAAAUGAAUGGCUAGUU